UGAUAAUUCUCAUGUAUUAUUUAACUAUAAACAACGCUUGGUGCACAUAUACCACUAAAUCAAAUUAAACUUCCUUAGUCCACUCCACGGUGGUUGGACACCGACUGGGUUGCGAGUCUUCCCAUCUUCAAAUAUUUACUUAUCGUCCUAACCAGCGCAGAAAACAUCGAGUCUAUCAUCGAAGUACGGAAUCACUGAAUCAAUUACGCCACUAGUGGGAAUACACUAUGGAGUCUCAAAGUCAAAGUAGUUUUGAUUUGUUCCAAUUCCAAUCUCAAAACUCUGCCACCACGGGUGACCCUGUUCCUGAAGUCCCUGUGCAUUCGUUCAUACCCCCCUUGCAACAACAACAGCAUCCACCCAGCGUCAUUAGAUGUCCACUUUUACGACCACCUCAAAUGCCAGGAUACAGACCAUUUGAUUCACAAGAUCCGUCUCAAAAUGCAACACAAGAUCCUUCAACAGAUAGUGCAUCAGCGAGGUCAUCAAUGUCCUCAGUAAUCAACUAUAAAAAUUUGAAAGAGAGUGAUUGUAUCAACCUGCUUACCCAAUCUGUGGAUGUCAUAUUAAAGGAUACAUAUAAUACCGCAUUUCGCCAAGAAAUAUUCGAUCUAUUGGAGGUGGACUCUUCUGAUGACGCUGUCAAACAAUUCAAGUACAGAUUAUCAAAGGUUUGCGGAAUCAAUGUUGAACCACAAGUCAAUAUUGUCAAUGUUGAACCCGAAAUGUGCAAUGUUGAACCGGAUAUUCCGGCUGAAGAAAUAUUCGAAUUUUAAUAAACUAGUAUUGGUGAAAGUAAAAAUUAAAAUACGUAAUCAGACGAGUUAAGACAUUUUCUCACUUCUUGCGAGUUUUCCUAAAUUCUACUAGCGACUCCUAAAUGAUAAAUGGACUUUUAAUUAAACUGUAGUACAAUUGUUGUCCAUUACUACUACUUUUGUUUUUAUUUUUAUUAUUAAUGAUUCUUAAUAAUAUCUAGUACUUUUCUUUGUUCAUUUUAGUCAGUUAUUUGUUGAGAAUUUGUUGUACACGAUAAAUUUACUUUUCAGAUUUUAAAUAUCGUAAACAAUAAAUUUAUAUUUACGACUAGAAAUAUGUUAAAAGUUGAAUCAUUUGUUAU